CCUCAGAGCAAGCCUAGCAUAGGAACCCGAGCGUCGGCUAGAGAGAGCAGCUCUGUGCUCAGUCCCACUCGUCUGGCUGUCCUUCACCCAAGCAGCUCAUAUCAUCAAGACGACAAACAACUCAGAGGGGUCUGAAAGAGCCACCAACUUGCGUCCACAUCCACGUCACUUUUAACUAUGAAUCUUGAGCCUCCAAAGACAGACAUCAAAUCGGCCACCCGGGUAACGGGCGGCCCUGCCACACCACGCAAGGGCCCGCCGAAGUUCAAGCAGAGGCAGACUCGCCAGUUCAAGAGCAAGCCCCCAAAGAAGGGGAUCCAGGGCUUUGGCGAUGACAUCCCUGGAAUGGAGGGCUUAGGCACAGACAUCACCGUCAUCUGCCCCUGGGAGGCCUUCAAUCACCUGGAGCUCCACGAGCUGGCCCAGUAUGGUAUCAUCUAGGGCCUCCGUCUGAGGACGCACAUCCUCUGUGCGUUCAAGCCCACAUCCAUCUCCUUCGGGCCGGCCUCCACUACCCCGUCACCUGGGAUGGACUGGAACUGUCCGCAGUAAAGAACUACAACACUGACAAAAAUAGAAAAAAGCUGAAAAAGAUGCACAAAAAAUUACUGUCUCUCUUUCCAAACUGGUUUCUUAUUUUAUUUCUGCAGUCUCAGUUCACAUAUAACUCAUCUGCCAUGUUUAGCAAUCCAUCUCUGGGACUUAAGAUCUGCAUUCAGACAUCCAGCAGGCCUCUCCCUCCUCUUUGCCCCCCUCUCUCCCCCCU